AGCAUGUUUGGACUAAAGCCUCCACUCUACUAUCUGUCAGGCAUGAGCCAUGAGCCAAAGUCGACAUCGUUAGGAAUGAUCUCCACGGCAACACGUACCACGGCGACUGUCAGCCCCCUUAAUCCUUCCCCCAUUAGCGGGACAGUGCUGACCAAUGGGAACGCGGCCUCCCAGGCUUCUCACUCCGGAUUUGCCGCCGCUCUGCGCAAACUGGCUAGACAAGCGGAGGAACCUCGAGGUUCUACGUCCAUCAGCGGUGAAUCUUCUCCUGUUUCUUCUCCUGCCACCAAUCACAGCUCUCCAGCUAGCACACCCAAGCGUGGUCCUCUGACAUCAAGUCAGGACAUCAGGCUUGGGGCUCCUCCUGGCAGCCACCCUGUGUCAAGUGCCCCACCAGUUGUCACCAUUGCCCCCACAAAAACAGUCAAUGGCCUAUGGAGAAGUGAAGCAAGACAGGCCGAGGCUGCACUAAGAGGGUCUGCUCGAGAGCGUCUGUCUUCAGAGCCUUCUUCGUCUUCUGCCCAGGACAAGAGUGCUGCUCCUCUUCCUCCUCACCUCAUGGGGACACCUUUUGCUUUCAGUCUGAACCCAAGUGCAGUAUUGCAGGACCCUCGUCUUCAAGCUCUUAGUUUGUCCCGCCAGGUUCCCCAUGUCCUGCAGUCGGGUGCGGUAGCGGCAGGCACGGUACCAGUGGGCGCUGUGGCUGCAGGGCUGGUGCCAUUGGGGGCGAUACCAGAGGAAUACCUGCGGAGUGGAUUCCGACCCUAUGGUUCUGCAGAGGAGCUGAGAUUAUCCUCUCUUCCACUGGGGGUCGACCCUGGCACUGCAGCAGCUGCUGCUGCUGCCUACUUCCACUCAGGAUAUCUGGCCCACCCCACCCUCACUUCCUACAGAAUGGAUGAGUCCCUCUGUUUAUCUGCCCUACGCUCACCCUACUAUCAGCUGCCAGCGGGGGGAGCUGUGUCAUCCCUCCAUCCAAGCACCGCUCACCUCCACCUGGCAGGAGUGCGCUACCCAGCAGAGCUUAGUCAUCAGUCUCUGACAGCCCUACAGAGUGAGAGGCUGCAGAUGGAGGACAAGCUUCGCCAGCGUGAGAGAGAGCGGGAGCGGGAAAAAGAAAGAGCUCACGUGCUAGAGCGAGAGAGGGAGCGAGAGCGUGAAAGAGAAAGGGAGAGGGAUGAAAUGAGAGAGAGGGGAAGAGAGCUGGAGAAACAAAGGGCGAAGGAGAGAGAUGUCCAGGCGGUCCGGGCCAUGGAGAAGCACGGUUCAUGCCAGGAUGCACACACACACCCUCGCACCCUCUCUCAUCGGCAGCAUGAGGAGAGAGCCAAGCUGGUGGAAAGACUCACACCAAACAGACCCGAGAAUACCAAAGAUGCAUCACUAUUGGCCCCAAAGUCUGCGCAGCAUGGCAUGUACACAUCUAAGGGUGGUUCUACCCCACUUUCCAUGCCCAGCCUGGUGCCCACACCAGGUGAACGAUUGGGGCCUGUUGCUGCUGGUGUCCAGGGGGCUCUGACAGCUGCCAUGCUGCUUCAGCGCCAGGGAAAGGAGGAGAGAUGGCUGGCACGCCAAAGGAGCCUCAGAAUGGAGACAGUGGAGAAGCAGAACCUGCCAUCUGAAGGUCCACAGCUUAUGUCGGAGCCAGAGACACAUGAAUUACGAAGAGACACACAGAGGUCCAACUCUCAUUACAGAGACACAAACAUCAGAGAGAUCCCUCACCACUUGGGGGCACCACCUCCCCUUAUCUCCCCCAAAUCCACCCACCGGGAUGCUCCUUCUAAACCUCCCACCACACUCUGGAACCCAGUAUCCCUCAUCAGCUCUCCCUCGAAUACACGUCGUGCACAUGAACUCCCCCUUCCCCUGAAUCGUCCUCCUCCAGGACUGAUCAAACCUGAGUACCCAGACAGAUGCCCUUCCCCGAAGAUGCACAGACAUCAGGAGCCUAGUAACUACCUUCCAGAGCCAGAAAAGCCCAACCUGAAUGGUGUUACCCAGCAUAGGCUCUUAUUUCCAAUGCCUGGUGUCUAUGGAGAAAUCAGGGGUAUUAAAAGAGCGGGAUCGCCCAUCAGAGGCUUCCCACAGAACAUGGGGCGAGCUGUGGAACCCAUGGUGGUGUACGAUGUGGCACUACAGCAGCACAGGACUCUCCUCAGCAAACUGGACCUGGAGGAGAAGAGACGCAGGGAAGCCAGAGAGAAGGGUUAUUACUAUGAGCUGGAUGACUCAUACGAUGAGAGUGAUGAAGAGGACGUAAGAGCUCAUCUAAGAAGAGUGACUGAGCAGCCCCCUCUCAAACUGGACCAGUCUCAAGAGAAACUGGACUUUCUGGGCGUGUUUGGGCUGACCACUCUCUCCCGGCGGGACGAGCUGUUAGAGAGAAAGCGGAAGAGAAGGAGGAGAAUGUUGAGGGAGCGCAGUCCCUCUCCAGUAGCAGUGCAGGGCAAACAGAUUCCUCCUUCUCCUCCCACGCCUGCCCUAAGCACCCAAUACACCCCUGAGGAGAUGGACAGUGUGCCUGAACUAGAGAACAAAAUAGACUUCCUUAAUAUAUUUAACCUGAACCACGUCAGUCAGGAGCAGAGAAUAGAAAAAGAGAAUGUGGUAAAUCUGCUAGAUGCCAUCAAAAAGAAAAAAGUAACUCUUGACACUCUCCGAUACGCUACAAACACACCUUCGUCCAGCCCUUCCACUACUGUCUCUGAUUCCACAGAAUUCUCCACACCAUGUCAAUCAAACGGAGCUCCCCAUCCACAUUCUUAUAGCCCCAGCCCACCUGCUCCAACCAGAAACCUCAACAAUACCACUUCUACAGAAAACCUACAUCCAAAAGAGCCUCCUCCACUUGCCCCACUGCAAGAUCAGACUCGUGGAGAGGUUCCCCCAAUAAAGAGAGGUAUACAGAACUGUUUCAGACCCCUCAACAGCCUACUAAAAGAGCAUGGACAUGGGCUAAAUGGACUGAGAGACCAUGGUAGAGGUCAAACCUGGGACAGCCUCAAAGCAGAGCAGUUUGUCCAGCACUUUCACCAGGCUGUACUGAACUCCACUCACAAAUCUCAGCACAAUGCCAAAGGUGGUGUCACAGAAAUCAGUGAUUCAAAACACAUGCUUAAUAACAGCCUGCAUAACAACCAUCCAGCCCACCAGGGGGCAAUAAACAGAUUGCCAUAUUCUCACCCCAACGGCCAUUCCUACCACCCAGCAGUUCACCAUGACUCUUCUGGAUUAAGUGAUGAGCGGUCUGCUGAAGAAGACUCCACCGAGGAAGAAGAUGAAGAUGAUGAUGAUGAAGAGGACGAAGCUGAGGAUUAUACACCAAAAUGGAAAGGGAUUGAGGCUAUAGUCGAGGCUUAUCAGAAGUACACUGACGAGAGGUCUAUAGAGAGUGAGGUACUGCAGAGUGAGUGCAGGAGGCUGGAGGCUCAACACUAUCAUCUAAGUCUUACAGCUGAUCAGCUCUCUCACAGUAUGGGGGAGAUGUUGGCACAGAGGCAGAGGCUGGCACUCGAACGAGAGCGGAUGCAGGCUGAACUCGAACACUUCAGGAAGUGUUUAGCAGUGCCGGCUUUGCUCCUGCAGAGGGGUCACUAUAAAGGACCAAGGUGACACCUCUCACCCUGCAGAACUGUGAUUAGCACCUAGCUCCUCACCUGAGACCUGCACUGAACAUGCUGCACCAAGGAUAAGAAUCAGGAUGAAGAUUAAGCUCAGAUGGCUGUACAGUGUAGCAGCAGUCACACUAGCUAGAAGUGCUGUGGACUUGUAAAAUAACAAAUAACGCUGGACGGUCAGGGAUAGUGGCCAUACUGAACAACCAGUCCUUGUCUUCAGAUCUGCAUUCCCUAGGACCAGAAACAACAAAUCCGAAAUCACACAACCAAAAAUCUGACCUACCUACUGCACAGUGAUGAAGCAGGAGAAGCAGAGAAUCAGCCAGUUUGUGACUUGAGGACAGCAGAUGAUCGCUGCUACUUGUGUUUGUACUCAUAUCA